AUGAAGACUGUAAUAGCUGCCGAACUUCACAGACAGGCUCGACGCAACUAUCCGCGCCGAUUCGUAGAUGUACGCGGACCGGAUGAGAUCUGGCAAGCUGAUCUCGUCUAUAUGACCGCAAACAGCUCGUGCAACAAGGGAUACGAAUACCUUCUAACAAUCAUCGAUAUAUUCUCCAAGUACGCGUGGGCGGUGCUGAUGAAGUCCGAGAGUGGAAAAGAUGUUAAUGCUACCAUGAAAUCUGUACUGAUCCAGAGCCGUAUACCCACACAUCUACACAUUGAUCAAGACAAAGAAUUUUACAACAGCGAAUUCGAAGCUCUCGUGAAGCACUACAAUAUCAACAUGUAUACGACAUUCAGGAACUUAAAGGCGUCAAUAUGCGAACGUUUUGAUCGGACAUUGAAAAAUAAAAUCUGA